AUGAAAGCUCUGGUUCUUACCGGAUCUCCAUCUCCAUCUAGCUUUCUCUCCGCAAAAUCAAUUCUUUUGUCGCCUCUCUUUUCUCUGUCCACAAAUUUUCUUGGAUCCCCAAAUUUACCGAAACCCUUCUUCCCUAUCAGGUUCUCAGCUGUUCCUAUGACUACUUGUGUACAGUCCUCAAGAACAGAGACUCCUCAGACAAAUCCAAACAGAACCCAAGUGGAAGAUGAUGCGUUUAAUGAUUAUGUAAGACGCUGCAGACCCAUGUUUUCUGAUCUUGAUUCCUGCGUGCCCAGUUCAGAAGAAAAGUUAAAUACUCUCCUCACGCGUACUCUUUUGGAUGAAAUUGGUGGUGAAGAAGAUGAGCAAGAAGAUAAUUUAUGGCAGCAGAUAAAAGUUGAGGCAAGAUCAGAUAUUGAUCAAGAACCCAUAUUGUAUAACUAUUAUUUCAGUUCAAUCUUGUCGCAUGAUUCUAUGGAAAGUGCUUUGGCUAAUCAUCUUUCCAUGAAGUUGAGUGAUUCUAAUUUGCCCUAUGGUACACUGUAUGAUCUUUUUGGAGGUUUGCUCAUCCAGGAUCAAGAAAUCAUGAUUGCUGCUAAAGAUGAUUUGAGAGCUGUUAAAGAAAGGGACCCUGCUUGUAUAAGUUAUGUUCACUGUUUCUUGAAUUUCAAAGGGUUUUUGGCUUGCCAGGCUCAUAGACUUGCCCAUAAGUUAUGGUCACAAGGGAGAAAAAUUCUUGCCAUUUUGAUACAAAACAGAGUAUCUGAAGUUUUUGCAGUGGAUAUUCAUCCUGGGGCCAAAAUUGGAAGGGGAAUUUUGCUUGAUCAUGCUACAGGAGUUGUAAUUGGAGAAACAGCUGUUAUUGGAAAUAAUGUGUCAAUUUUGCAUAAUGUGACUUUGGGUGGCACUGGAAAAGUUUCUGGGGACAGACAUCCAAAAAUUGGUGAUGGGGUUUUGAUUGGGGCAGGCACGUGUGUACUGGGAAACGUUAGAAUUGAAGAUGGAGCCAAAAUUGGUGCGGGUUCUGUGGUGUUGAAACAGGUUCCUGCUAGAACUACUGCUGUAGGAAAUCCAGCUAAACUGAUUGGUGGGAAAGAGAAUCCAAUUAAGCUGGAUAAAAUUCCCAGUUUGACUAUGGAUCAUACAUCAGAUAUAUCCAAGUGGUCUGAUUACGUCCAAGUUUAUGCUUCUGAAGUUGAAACCAGAUUCAAAGCCAAUACUAUUAGUCUCCGUUUGAUGCCCCAGAAGCAGUUAUCAGGCCUCGGGCCCUUGCAGCCUGCAGGAAAGGUUAUGUCCUGUGGUUGCGCAGACAUAAACUUUGCUCCUUGCUGUGAAUACUGGAGAAACGUGGGGAAAUUAUGCAUUUCGGAACUUCUAGGUACAGAACGUUAUUAUCAGCAAGGGAAGAAGAGAUUUCCGAUCUUACCAGAUGAAAGCAUCUAA